CAAUGGGUUAGAUUGAUGCUUAGAUUGAUCACUGAAGUAGAGACUGUCUAUCUAUGAAAUGCCUGGGAGUCCUGUCCCUUAUAUGCCCAUCUCUCCUUCACUGAUCCCCACUUGGAUAUGUUGGUUGUCCAACAUAUCCACCCCUGUAGAUCACGUGACCUAUCGGUCCUUUCCUUCCUCCGAUGUGGGGUCCCGUGAUCCUAGCGUCUGUAUCCACCUAGCCUGCCGACGGGCCUGUAAUGUUGGUUCAGGGCCAACGGUUCGUAACAUUAUUCCCCUCCUUCAUAAUCUUUGUCCUCAAAGAUCCUGGUCGUUUGAAACUUCUUCCUCAGCGGGAUUCUCUUCUUUCGGCGAUUCUUCAGAACGCUGUCACUAUGCCUUCUUGUUCGUACGGGGUGAACUUCAAUCUGCUGAAGAAAAGGUUCUUCGUUUGCGGAAGCAGAAGAAGAUGUGGUUCGAAAAGAUGAUGCGUGCGGUGCGUCGUGGUAUUGACAGUGUGGAGGAGUUGGAGCGUGUUGAUCGCGCGGAGGCAGAAGCGUUGUCUGCGCGUCGUGCUGUAGGAGAUCCGUCUCCUGUGGUUACUCCUUCGUUUCCUGAAGAUUUCGAAUUCGAGUGGAACGACGUAUAUCCUGAUGUGUCGUUAACUCCUGGCCUUCUGGCAGAGUUUGGUGUUAUCGGUGGAACUUCUCAAGCUCCUUCUGGCAAUGCGCCAAAUGCUGGAUAG